CGCAUGGGAUUGAAAAUGAUGGACAAGAGGCAUGUGAGACUGAAGAUGAAGAACAUGUUGAAAGUGGAGAAGAAAUGGAUGAAGAGCAAAAUGAUGAAGAAGAUGAUGAAAGUGAAGAAGAACUGGGUGAAGAUGAAAGUAAUGAAGAACAUGAUGUAAGUGGAGAAGAAGAACUGGCUGAAGAUGAAACUGAUGAGCAUGAUGAAAGUGGAGAAGAAGAACUGCUUGAAGAUAAAAAUGAUGGAGAACAUGGAAGUCGAAAAAUGAGUAUAGAUGAAGAUGAUGAAAAUGCUGAGAGAGAGAAAUGUUUAGAUGUAAACAUGAAAGAACAUACAGACAAAGAAUCAGUCACAGGUCACAGAGAGCUAGAGGAAGAAACAAAGAUUAAAAGUGUGGAAUAUAAUAACGAAGAACAUGAUGGAAGUGGAAAACAAGAAAUGGGUGAAGAUGAAAAUGAUGAACAUGAUGAAAGUGGAGAACAAGAAAUGGGUAAAGAUGAAACUGAUAAGCAUGAUGAAAGUGGAGAACAAGAAAUGGAUGAAAAUGAUGAACAUGAUGAAAGUGGAGAACAAGAAAUGGGUGAAGAUGAAAAUGAUGAACAUGAUGAAAGUAGAGAACAAGAAAUGGGUAAAGAUGAAACUGAUAAGCAUGAUGAAAGUGGAGAACAAGAAAUGGGUAAAGAUGAAACUGAUAAGCAUGAUGAAAGUGGAGAAACAGAAAUGGGUAAAGAAGAAACUGAUAAGCAUGAUGAAAGUGAAGAAGAAAUGGAACAUGAUGAAAGUGGAGAACAAGAAAUGGGUGAAGAUGAAGAUGAAAAUGUUGAGAGAGAGAAAUGUUUGGUUAUAAACAUGGACCAACAUACAGACAAAGAAUCAGAUACAGGUCACAGAGACCUAGAGGAAGAAACAGAAAUCCAGAGUACACAAGAUAACGACAAAAACUUGGAAAUAUAUGCUGACCUUUUCAAAGGAGUGCCAAAGCCGGCUCUGGAGUCACCAGAGGCGUCUGAAGAAACUUUUUGGAAUUUUAAAAAAGGUAUGGGAAGUGAUGCUUGGAACAAUCAUGGUAUCACAUAUCUCAAGGGAUAA